GAAUGGCCAAAGUUCCAACAAACAGUGGCACGGGCAACAUUAGACAAUAUGAUUAAUGCUCUGACAAUGGUUUUGCAAAAUCUAAAAGAAGUUUCUACAAGAGGACGCCCUACCAUUGCUUCUCAACAUAAUUCAACAAACUCGACCAGGAGAGAUCCUUCUGGGUUUGAGUUAGUGGAGCAUAAAGACAACACUGUACUCUGUGUCGACAGCCUGGGGACAAUUCGCGUACUUGCCCAAGUGAAAGGUAAUGUUCAAAAUUAG